AUGUACGACCUGAACAAAAGCGGCACCAUUACGAAAGACGAGUUCAAGGAUAUUUUACAGAUGAUGAUCGGCGCCAACGUGCCAGAAGAACAAGUGAACUCGAUUGCCGAUCGUACGAUGAGAGAAGCCGACAAGGAUGGCGACGGUUGCAUAACAUUUGCCGAAUUUUGCCAUGCCAUGGAAAAAACCGACAUCGAGCAGAAAAUGUCGUUUCGUUUUCUGACGUAA